ACAUAUUGUAAAGUAAUGGAUUCAUAGUUGGCUCAUUCUCUAGACUUGCUAGACUUCAGUCAAGGAAAAUGUCUACAAAAUUAAUAAUUCUAGCAGUGGCAAUUAUCGCCAUGGGCGGCGUCGCUGCUAAAAAGGCCACAUGCGUCCUCCAAGUAGGAGUUACAGAAGGAAAAGGAAUAACUGGAAAGAUUACAAUUGAAGAAAAUGUGUGAUUUUUUUCUCUAAUUAGUAAUUAUAAAGCAAUUAAAGGGAAAUAAUUGAAAAUUACUUAUUGAUUGAAAAUUUCUUGAAUAUUUGCUAAUUUUAUCAUUUCUAUAAAACUCCAUCCGAACUAUGUAGUAUAAAUAGUAUCGCUUGCGAGAAAAUUAAAGCUCAUUUGCCUCCUUCCCAUUCAGCCUCUAAAGCAAAUCGGUUCUUUUGAAAAAGUUUUGUAAUAGCUGUUGCUAAGGCAAAUCAAUACUACAUAUCGAUUUUUUUUUAAUAUGUUCUAAUAUUUUAGACAAAUGUAUACAAUUUAACGAAAUUUGGAAGGAAAAAUAGUUCAUUAUUAAAAGGAAAAGAAACUUUUACGUUAUUUUAGAAAUAUACAUUUAAAAGCACGUCAUAUGCAAACGACAAAAACGGGAAAGAGAACUUCCAGAAUGAGAGGCAUUUGUACUUUUAUGACAUACAAAACUGAAAAACGGGGAUUGUAUACUUAAAAGAAGACAUUCAUUGGAUCGUUUUGAUCUUUUCCAUAUUCUAGUUCAUCGCAAACUUCCAAGCAAAUAUAUAAUGAUAUCUUAUUGACCACUCAUUUCAUACAUUAGUAUUUUUGCAUCACUUCUUCAAUAUUACUCUGAUUGCUAUAACCAACGCUUAUGUCUGAGAAUACUGUAAUUUUAUCUAAUUUUAUGCCAAAUUUACGUUAAAGAGAUUGUAAAUCUUAAUUUACUUUAACUUUAAUCAUUUGAUAUUUAUACAUUUAAUAUACAGUAUACAAAGAGAAUAUAAAAUAGCUUUAAUAUGAAUUUUGCAGAGCGAAAGUGGAACUACAAAGUUUAUGAUAGAUAUUAAGGGAGUGAAUACUACCAAUGGAAGCUCUUUGAAAGGUUUUCAUGUUCAUCAAUAUGGUAAACUGUCAGAAGAAUGUUCUGCUGCUGGUGGUCAUUUCAAUCCCUUUAAUAAAAAUCAUGGUAGUCCUAACGACACAAAUAGACAUGUUGGAGAUUUGGGCAAUGUUAUUGUCGAAACUGAUGGUACAAUACAUCAAACUAUCUCUGAUCAAAUAGCUAAGCUCACUGGAGAAAAUAACAUAAUGGGAAAAUCAAUUGUGCUGCAUCAGGACAAGGACGAUCUAACGUCUCAGCCAACAGGUGCCGCAGGAAAGAGAUUAGCAUGCUGUCUCAUAGUGGAAAGUGACAUAGGAAAUGCGUAUAGAAUUAAACCAUCUGUAUUUCUUAGCUUACUGUUGACAAUUUCCAUGUACAUAUUCUUAUACAAAUAGUUUUAAUUUGUCCGGAUCGGUUAAGCACGUACACACACUCGUAACUAUUCUACAUCACAGUAUAUAAUAUAUACUGUCAUAUAAUCAUUUAGGUAUAACAAUUGAAGUUGAUGUUGCAAAAUCAAACCAAAAAAUCUGAUAUUCCAAAAAGGUAAUUGAAAUUAAUAAAAGACUUUUACUUUGCUAAUUAUGUUUUUUGUAUCACUGUUAACAUACUUUUGUAUUGUAUUAUAUUAAUAAUAAAAUACUAAAUGAAUAUUUAUUUA